CUCAUUCUCGUUAUUAAAAAAUAAAGAAAACUGAUCAGAAAAUGGCGUCAUCAAUUCCCCAAGGUCCAGCGGGUCAUGACCAUAAACCCGACGAUACAGCGCGCAACGAGCAUAUUGAACGGGCUCUUGACAACGUUGAGUCGAGACCAAACGAUGACGCCAUAUUUUCCAAGUUUCCCAAGAUGGAUAAGGUAGAUGAAUUUGGAGCCCAUGCCAAAACGGACCCCAGAGAAAUUGCGCUUGUUAAGAAAUUGGAUAAGUACAUUCUUCCUAUGUUAUGGUUUAUGUACCUGUUCAAUUAUCUCGAUCGCAACGCCCUCGUCAAUGCGAGACUUAAUAGUCUUGAAGAAGAUCUUGGAUUGGUGGGAACGCAAUAUAAUACUUGCGUCUCAAUUUUGUUUGUCGGAUACAUUGCUGGCCAAGUCCCUAGUAACAUGCUCAUCAACAGAGUCAAACCAUCCUGGUACAUGGCUGGCUUCUGUCUCGCGUGGUCCAUCGUCAGUUUGGUGACCUUCUUGGCGAAUAGUUACGGCAGUAUGGUUGCACUUCGCUUCAUCCUCGGAGUGACUGAAGCGCCGUUUUAUCCUGGAGCUUUGUUCAUUCUCAGUAUGUUUUACACGCGCAAAGAACUCGCUGUCAGACUGGCCAUCUUUUAUACGGGCAACAUGAUAGCCAGUUCCUUUGCGGGACUUAUCGCCGCUGGAGUCUUUGCUGGUCUUGAUCAGAAACAUGGUCUGGCUGGUUGGCAAUGGCUCUUCAUUAUUCAAGGAGCCUUGUCAAUCCUUACCGCCAUCCUAGCAUUCAUCUUCCUUCCGGACCAUCCCCUCACCACCCGCUGGCUCUCAGAAGAACAGCGACAACUCGCAUACAAUCGCAUCUACACCGACACUACAGAUGUCCGCGAAAAGACGAGUGUAUGGAUCGGUCUCAAAGAAUCUGCAUCAGAUUGGCGAACAUGGGCACUGUGUCUUAUGUACAACCUUCACCUCUCAUCAGUCGGCUUCCAAAACUUCCUCCCAACCGUCAUGAGGACUCUCACCGAUAGCAACACCAUCGCUCUAGUCUUGACAUGCCCGCCAUAUCUCCUUGCCGCUGCGAUCGGAAUCGGCAUGGCUUGGACGUCAGGGCGCUGGAAUGAGCGGACGCUGCAUAUCACGAUUUGCAAAUGCAUCGUCAUGGUCGGUUUUAUUAUUGCUGUUUCAACCCUGAACAUAGCUGCCCGAAUGUUCAGCAUCUACCUCUUUGUCGGUUUCAGCUUUGGUAUUAAUAAUAUCAUCCUCGCAUGGAUCAGCGCGACGGUCGGACAGACGAGCGAGAAGAAAGCAGUUUCUCUUGCAAUUUGCAAUACUUUUGGUAAUUUGGCUCAUGUUUAUACAGCUUAUUUAUGGCCUUCGUCGGAUGAGCCACGGUAUACGACUGCUUGGGUUUCGAGUAUUGCGUUCUCGCUUGGUGUUGUUGUUAUUGCGUGGGGCUUGAGGUUCCAUUUGAAGCAUUUGAACAACAAAACGAGGAGGGAUCAUCCGGAGGUUACGAACUUUUAUGUUUAUUGAAGAGCUCAGAAGCUGGCAUUAUUUCUUUUUGUGCAGGUUAUGCAACUGAGCGGAUGAAAGCCGAUGGUUAUGCAUGGUCCAUAAAUAACGUCGGGAUAUGUCCGACAAUGGUCUUUUCAAACCGAGGACAUGAAGCCGUAUAGACACUCUGCUUAAUAUAUAUAGCUAAAC